AUGGCUUGGUCGUUAACACAAGUUAAACGCGGGUUACAAUUAGCUUGGUGGGGCUCAUUAUUAGCCUUUGAGAAUCGUCAUUUGCACAAACAUACAUAUGUUAAAGCCUUUUGGUUUCUAGUCGUUUUCAGCAUAACAUUAUAUUUAGUCUCAUCGAUUCUUUUGAUAAUUCCAUUGAAUUAUAAUGCUUGGGUGACAAAUUAUGUAUUCAAUCUGCCUUUCUUGGGUUUAUUGUUUAUGAGGUAUUUGUAUCCAAAACCAUUAGAUUCUCUGUUCAUAGAAUCACUUCGCAAUGUAGAUACGAAAUACUUGAAAAAACAUCAGGGGGAACAAAAUUUACGAGCAUCAUAUGCGCCAGCAUUAGAAAAAUAUCAAUACGGACAUGAUACAGACGUAUAUCUGAAAGAAAUGUUUCAAUAUUUAAAGCGAACAUGGAACCAAAUUAAGAUCGCAUUAUUAUUAUAUUUUCUUUCUUUAUUACCUUAUGUUGGUAAGAUUGUAUACCCAGCGGCAAGUGCUUAUGCCCUUAUUAAUUCUCUUGGAUAUUUCCCCGCCAUAACCGUUGGUGUGUUUAUGUAUAUCAUACCUGGUACAAAACCUUUUGCUAUAAUCUUCUUGGAAACUUUAUAUUCCUCUAGAGCUAUGAUGAGAGAAUUGUUAGAACCCUAUUUUGGUAGAAUUCAUUUUGAUUCAAAUGAGAGAAGAAAAUGGUUUAGAGAAAGAGAAGGUAUCUUAUUUGGGUUCUCUAUCGGUUUUUAUCCUUUAGUUAGAAUACCUUUACUUGGAAUGUUAUUCUAUGGCGUUGCUCAGUCUGCUACUGCUUUGCUGCUGGUUAAGACCUCAGAACCACCACCUCCACCUGGACUUGAAUCAACUUACAAAAUAGAUUAUCAUUACGUAGAUCCGAGAAUUAAAAAGAAACAACAAAAGAAUGAAUGA